AUGGACGCCUCCCUCAGCCAAUUCUUUGCCCAGGUCGACAAGGACCAGAACAUCUACGUCGACCGUCUCCGCGAGGUCGUCGCCAUCCCCAGCUCCGACGUUUCCCACCGCCCCGACGUCUUCACCAUGGGCGCCUGGAUCCAGAAGGAAUUAACCCGCCUCGGCGUCGAGUUCGAGAUCCGCGACCCUGGCACUCACGAGAUGGACGGACACACCCUUCAGCUUCCCCCCAUUGUCUUGGGUGCUUACGGACGUGACCCCGCCAAGAAGACCGUCCUCAUCUAUGGACACUACGAUGUUCAGCCCGCUCUCAAGGAGGACGGUUGGGCCACCGAGCCCUUCGAGUUGGUCGAGAACGAGAAGGGCGAGCUCGUUGGACGUGGCUCUACUGAUGACAAGGGACCCAUCCUCGGCUGGUUGAACGCCAUCGAGGCUCACCAGAAGUUGGGUCUUGAGCUCCCCGUCAACCUCUGCAUGUGCUUCGAGGGUAUGGAGGAGAACGGAUCGGAGGGUUUGGACGAUGUCAUUAUUGCCGAAGCCAAGGGCUGGUUCAAGGAUGUUGAUGCCGUCUGCAUCUCUGACAACUACUGGCUCGGCGACAGCAAGCCUUGCAUCACCUACGGUCUCCGUGGAAUCUCCUACUACAAGCUCGCCAUCAAGGGACCCGGCCGUGAUCUCCACUCUGGUGUCUUUGGUGGUACCGUCCACGAGCCCAUGACCGACUUGGCCUACAUCUUCUCCAAGCUCGUCACUCCCCAGGGCGAGAUCCUCAUCCCCGGCAUCAUGGACGACGUCGCUCCCUUGACCGCUGCUGAGGAGGCUUCGUACCCUCCCCUGGACUUCAGCUUGAGCACUCUCCACAACGCCAUUGAUGCCAAGAACACCAUCCACGACAACCACAUUGAUGCCUUGAAGGGCCGCUGGCGCUACCCCUCGCUCUCUCUCCACGGAAUUGAGGGCGCCUUCUCUGCUGCUGGAGCCAAGACUGUGAUCCCCGCCAAGGUCAUUGGAAAGUUCUCGAUCCGCUCUGUCCCUAACAUGGUCCCCGAGAAGAUCGAUGCCUGCGUUGUCAAGUACAUCAACGCCGAGUUUGCCAAGCUCGGAUCCAAAAACACUGUCGAGAUCGAGUGCCUCCACGCCGGCAAGCCUUGGGUUGCCUCCUUCGAGCACCCCAACUAUGUCGCUGCUGCCGCCGCUGUUGAGCGCGUGUUCAAGGUCAAGCCCGACUUGACUCGUGAGGGAGGCUCAAUCCCCGUCACCUUGACCUUCCAGGAUGCCCUCAACAAGAACGUCCUCUUGUUGCCCAUGGGUCGUUCCUCCGAUGGCGCCCACUCCAUCAACGAAAAGUUGGACCGCUCCAACUACAUCGAGGGCACCAAGUUGCUCGGUGCCUACCUCUGGGAGCUCUCCACCAAGGACUUUUAA